UGAUUCUACAUGAUAUCUAAUUGUAGCCUGUACAAGCACCCGAAUUCCUUCCAUCUCAAUUUCAUUCAAGAACUUCAUCGUCCACUUAGCAAUUGUGGAUUUCUGGACAAAUAAAGUGCCCUCUAUCGUCAAGUUCCCAUGUUCGGCCCGUUCGUUCUCCAAUGGCGAGCACCAUCUCCCAACCCUCCAAGACCACCGCCGCCGCCAGCGGGUAUCAAACGUACAUAUGUGACCACGACUUCUGGCCCGCUGGAACUACUUUCUGCCAUUCCCGAUUCAACGUCAGACUCUAAACCACCUCUCUUCUUUGCGCACGGUGGGUUUGGUUGUGCUGAAAUGUGGAUUCCAUAUUUGCAGUAUUUCUCUUCUCAGGGCUACCCAUGUUACUCUAUAAGCUAUCGUGGCCACGGUAACUCCUGGUAUCCAGGCUUAUGGAGAAUGUAUUUCACGAGUCGCGGGACCAUGGGCAGUGAUCUCGUCGCAGGGAUCGAGCACGUCGAGAAGCUUGAAAAGGCGCGACGAAAAGUGCAAGAGAAUGUAAAGGUCAUUUUGAUCGCUCAUUCGGCUGGCGGUGCACUCAGCCAGUACAUUCUCAGCAGAGGGCUGGUCAAAGUGCAGGGAUUCUGCAUGUUUGCAGCCGUACCUGGAUUCGGAUCAUGGAGUGCAUACAAGUUCUGGGCUCUGACAGCGCCCUUUCACUUCCCGUAUCGCCUUUACCAUCCACGGUACAUUCUGGCAAACACGCAACAGGUGCAUGAUGCAUUUUUUUCUCCAUCUACGCCAACUUCGGUUGUCAAAUCGUUAGAACGAUUAUUGUCGCCCUAUGAGAGCAUGCUUUGGCCGAUGCAGGCUCUAUUCCGAUUCGUCACGGGUGCAGAUGUGCUGUCGUCGAUCACAGGGUGGCGUUUGCAAAAAAGCAACUCUUCCGCCUCCAAGCUGAGCAACAGAUUCCUCGUGAUAGCAGCGGAGAAAGAUGUAUUAUGUACGCCUUCAUUGUUGGAAGAUGCAACCCAACGAUAUCGAGCCGCAUUCCGCGAUAUGGUCCAGAGGAAAAAGGUAGAUGGGAUCUCUGAACGAGAUCUCGAUGAAACAAGCGGUGUAUCUUUCAAGGUUGUCCCGGAAUUGGGACACCACCUUCAAAACCACGUUGGUUGGGAACGGGGAGCAGAAGAGGUGCUCGAUUGGGUGAAGUCUUUGUGACAGAGUGCAAACGCAUGUUUUUUCCAACUCGACAGCGUCGUUCUAAACAUUGCUUAGCUUCCACUCCGCUCCGAAAAAUGUUAUCUGAUGUCAUGAAUGGUAUUGCCUAUACAUUGUACAAUGUAUUGAAUAAUUGUACAUUAUUUCUGGUGUUUUUGCAAUGUGCAGCCUAGGGUCGCUUCAUAUAGAAUGCAAUAUAACCCCCUACCAAUUUCGG